CAUUAUCAGUAGUAUCUCAUUGCUGUUCCUCUGUGAUCUUUAAAGAAACAUUUUCAAUUGCGUUAUUUUGAUCGUUCAUAUCACGGGAGCGAGCGUCGCAUCAGUCGCAUAGGCAAACUUGCGCGUUCACGUUCAGGGCUGCAGGAGAGCGUUAAAGGGGGCACUGACAGCUGGCGGAGCGGAGGCGGGCUCUCGUUCGUCAGUUCCUCUUCAUAGUAACCCACAUCCAGGACUGUCCGCUGCUCUGCCGAGCCGACACCGUGGCACAAUUGACCGACCAUCCGAAGUCAAUAUCCAGGCAACGAGGAGGACCAGGGACGUCUCAGCCUCUCAGAAUGGGAAACCUACCGCUGUCCACCGGUCUCUUCAAGGCUGAUGCAACCAUGUCUGAACAAGUUAGUGGAGGGAGGUUCAUAGCCAGGAGGAUCAGGAAUGGAGUAACUUAUUAUUACACUCCAUUCCCAGAGGCAGAGGACCAGACGCUAUGUCCUGCCAAAUACUCUCAAACCUCCACUUCUCCUUGCCUCGUCUCAUCCUUGUCGCCCUCAGCUCUGCCCCUCAGCGACUCCUCCUCUGCAGAUCCUUCCUCCUCUCCACUGCUCUCUGAUUCACCUUCACACACACCUGCCUCCUCCGGAGAUCCUGGCCCCACUUCCCGUCCACUUCUUCUUUUCUUCUCCUGGCUCGGCGCCCCGGGGGCAGUGGCUAAGUACAUGGACCUUUACCUGGACCGCGGCAUGGAUGUUCUCCUGGUCCAGAGCAGCGUGAUGCACUUCCUGUGGCCUCGGUGGGGGCUCGAGUACGGAUUGGAAGUUUUGAAGAUUCUGGAGGACCCUCAGUUCUCAGGGAGGCCACUGCUGGUCCAUGCUUCUUCCAUCGGUGGUUACACUUUCACCCAGCUACUUAUCCACAUUGCUCAGGGACCGGAAAAAUAUGCAGGCCUGUCCCAGCGGGUGAUUGGGCACAUAUAUGACAGCUUGGUGGCUGGCACUCUGGAACACAUGGCGAUAGGCCUCGGUAGGACUCUGGUGCCACGCUUUGAGGGCUUCGUCAGAAAAGCAGCCAUGUUUUACUUCUGGCUCUUCAAAACCCACACAGCAGACUACUACAACAACGGCAUCCAGGUUUUCCACAACAACCCGAUCACCGCUCCGGCCCUCUUCUUCUUCAGUGAAAACGACGCCCUGUGCAACCCAGUUGUCGUGGAACAGCUGAUUGAUCUCUGGAGGAAGAGGGGCAUGGCUGUGGAGAGCAGGAAGUGGAAGGAGUCCAAACAUGCAGCGCACAUGCGAUGCCACCCACAAGACUAUCUCUCAACACUGGAAAAAUUCUUGAGGUCGCUGCCAGUUUCCUCCCUCAAAGCAAAAAUGUAAAGUGUGGGGGAGUUUGGUGAGACUGAAUAGUAAACCUGUGAGAUUCUUUAUGUUUUCAAAGAGACGACACUUGAAUUAAUUUAUCUUGCAGCUGUGACGUUAUUAUUGGUGUAAAUAAUUUGAAGAAGACGCUUUUGUCUUCUUUUAAUGCGUUCUCAGUUGUUUGCCUUUGUCGUUGUGAUUUGAACCAAGGUUACAUUUUAAGUGAUAUCCAAUAUUUAAUAUAUUGCUGUGGAGCUUAUGUUAUGCAAUGCAUGUUUUGCACAGGAAGUGUUGGUCAAUGAACUGCUGUUAAUGUUCAUGCCAGGGGUCUGGGCCUGUUCCACAGAGCAUCUUCAACUCAGCGUUUCUUGGGGUUUUCUGGUUUCACUGAGCCUGAGGUCGGCCAUCAUGGAUAACCUGUUUCACAAAGCUGGUUAUUAACUGGCUCUGUUAACUCAGAGUUUACUCAUGAGUGUGUUCAUUGAAAGAGGUGGUGUUGUUAAUUACAAGCAACAUCAUCAAAACCAUGAAUGAAGUACUUGAUAUGAAUAUACUGUAUAUAUCUAAAACUAUUAUGUAUAUGACAGGAUGCCUGUAAGAAUGAUGACUAUAUUUUUCCAGUGAUCUGAUUGGUCAGUAGUUCGUGAUACCAGAAAUCCUGAGUUAAGCCUAAAAUUAUCUGGGGUAACCCACUAAUCUCGCCUUGUGGUUCAGGCCCGUAUUUGCUGAACCAAAAUUUAAAAAAAGAAAAAGUUAAAUAAAACUUUUUGGCAUCAAUGCAAAUUGUAUUAUUUUUAGCAACACCGUUUUUGUUCAAAAUCCCAAAUCUAUUUUGUAUACAUCAGAUUUUCCAGUGGGAUUGUGGUUGUGAGGGUGAACAGCUACAAACACAUUAACAUGAAAGAGGUGGUGUCGCUAAUGAAACAUCUUCAGAAAUGUGAAUGAAGUAUUUAAUAUAACGGUCAGCAAUGUCAGAAAAUGACAUUCAACAAGGUGAAAUAUGUAAAGAAUAUAAUCACAUAACUGGAAUAUAAUGCAAAGCUGCAGAAAAACCACAAAUAAAAUCCAAAUACUGACAUAAA